GGCGGCGGCGCUGAGGGGCGGCCAUGGCCCAGUGGGGCCGCGCGCAGGUACCGGCGGCACCCCCGGGCACCGGCACCCCCGCACCCCCGGCGGGACCCCGCGCCCGGCCGCCCCUCACCGCCCCCUUUCCCCCGCAGCAGGACCCCGAGUGGGCGCCCGAGGCCUGGCAGGGCGCGGGCCCCGAUCCCGGCGCGGGCCCCGGCGGGGCGGCCCCGGCGGAGCUGUCGCUGCGGGCCGUGGCGGUGGCGGAGCGGCGGCUGGAGCGGAGCGUGGAGGCGGCGGAGCGGCGGCUGGAGCGGCUGGAGCGGCGCGUGGCGGGGCUGGAGCGCACGGUGCGGGUCGGCGGGGCCCGGCUGGCCGCGCUCCUCAGGGACAACUCCCGCCGCCUCCGCCGCAUCCAGCGCCAGCUCCGCCGCUGCCGCUGCGGGGGCAACCGCACCGGCACCGGCAGCGGGACCGCCCGGGAGCGGACACAGGUGCCAGCGGCGGGCGAGGGUGAGGAGGCCGCUCUGCCGGAGCAGGAGCUGGGGAGCCUGGGCAGCCGGGAGCUCCGUGGGAUCGCCAGGAAGGGGAAUUACGAGGCCAUGGUCCCUCUCGGGUCAGAGGAUGCAGGUUCCAAACCUGCACUGCUGCCACCAGCCGAGGACAGGGAGGAUCCAGGGAGCCCCGGGCUGCCGGAGAAGGGAGCGGUGCCAGGACAGCUUGGUGACAGUGAGAUGAUCGUGAUCAAGACGGAAGAGCAGCAGCCGCAGGAGGACGGAGCCGAGCUCCUGGCACUGCCGAUGGUGCCCGCGGUCAGGCUGGACGAGGAGGUUCCCCUCGGCCAGGAGCAGCCGGUUUCCUGGGAGAGCCACGGCGUGGCCGGGCCGAAGGCGGCCGGAGAGGGCUUGGGGGAAUUCUGCCUGGGGGAAUUCAAGCCGGUGUUGGUGCCGGUGGAGGCCCAGCCUGCCCCGGGCCUGCCCUUCCCCACGGAGCACGCGCUGGGCGCGGGCACGGAGCAGCCGUUCGCGCUUGCCCAGGGAAUGGCGCUGGGAGAGGACCCCGCGGCCGAGGUGGCGUCGCCGCAGCCCGGCUGGGAGCAGCAGAGCCCCCAGGACGAUCCCCGGGCGCUGCCGCCGGGCUGGAAGAGCGUCCGGCUGACGCGGAACCUCCUGGCGCGGCAGCAGAGCCGGGAGAGGAAGAGCAACGGCUCCUUCAUCUGCACGUCCUGCGGGAAGAGCCUGGCCCACCACGCCGCGCUGCUGCGGCACCAGCGCCUGCACACGGGCGAGCGGCCCUUCCAGUGCCCGGCCUGUGGCAAGAGCUUCAACGAGAAGUCCAACCUCAACAAGCACUACCGGAUCCACACCGGCGAGCGGCCGUACCGCUGCCCCGCCUGCGGCAAGGGCUUCGUGCAGAAGCACCACCUGCAGAAGCACCAGCGCAUCCACGGGCCGCAGCUGCGCAGCGCGUGGCCGGGCCGGGCGGCGCGGGGCGGCGCCGCCGGGGAGCGGCUCUACCGCUGCAUCGAGUGCGCCGAGAGCUUCCCGCAGAAAGCGUCGCUGGAGGAGCACCAGCGCCGGCACACCCAGCAGCGGCCCUUCCAGUGCCACGGCUGCACCAAGAGCUUCCGGCACCGGCAGUCGCUGAACCACCACCAGAAGGUGCACGCCGUGGCCGCCUCUCCGGCCGGCAGCUUGCCGGGACACGAGCCGGAGCUGGAGCCCUGCGAGGCUCUGAGCCAGGACAAUGGGUAGCCAGAGGGCUGCAGAAGGGAAGGGACAGUGGUUCUUCAGCGUGGGACACACCGGGCAGCUGGGACUUGUGGCAGCACCGGGAGCUUGUGCACGAUGCUGUGGGACCACCUGGGUCUCAGGAGAAGGAGGAGGAGGAGGAGGAGGGAGCCUGCUGUGCUGCUCGCCAGGGAAGGGCCCAGGGUGGGAUGGGACUGGCCACGAGGCAGCAGAGGAGGGUGAGUGACUGGAGCUGACCCGGCAGUGCCGCUGCCCCCUGGAUUCUUUCAGAUCCCACGGUGGAACUCGGGUUGUUUGAACACCACCGCUGUGCAGGGAGGGGGGCGGGGAGUGGUCAGUGGCCUG